CUCUAGGUAGCGCAAGAGCUCGGAUUCCGCGCGCUUCCCUCGGGCCUUCCCCCGCCCAUCCCUUUCUGGCCUUGCGUCUGUCCGCUGGGGGCGCGCUCUUUGCCGGGCAGAAAGCGGCAGAGCGUGGGUCGCGUGGCGGAGCCUGGUUGCUAGGGACACCUGAGGUCGCCCGCUCGCCCAGCAGGCGCCUCGAGGAAGCGGCGCGGAGCCGACGUCCAGCCACGGUGACGCAGGGGUACCCUAGAAUACUGCAACUGUGAGGCCCUGCAUUGAAAGUGAUUAAUUGCUGAGCCCUGGACCUAAUGAACUGCUGACUAGCGCUUGGCAGGCGCUCCUGUGAGGUGGUGGCUGCUGAUGCAGCGAGGUUGGGAAGAGGAAGAGUGCCCUGGAGACUCGGGAAACUUCAUACAAGCUGACGGACUCAAGGAUGAGGCUGGUGCUAGAGGUGUGUGGCACCUUACCUGAGCUAGGCCAUGAGGCCAUGCUGCUAUGAUGUGGGCCCCUCAUGGCCUCAGCAGGAACAGAGCACUACAGUAUUGGCCUGCGCCGAGGAAACAGCUUCAAGCAGAGACAACCCUCAGGCACAGUGUCUGCUUCACCAUCUGAGAAACCCUCGGAGGUCAAAGUCUGGUCUCAGGCCCAUCAGCAGGUGAAGCCAAUCUGGAAACUCGAAAGGAAGCACGUAGGCACACUGUCAGCAGGGCUGGGCACCAGUCUCUUGGGAGUCCCAUCCCAGCCAGCCUAUUUCUUUUGCCCUAGCACUUUAUGUAGCUCUGGGACCACAGCUGUCAUUGCAGGCCACAGCAAUCCCUGUUACCUGCAAUCUCUCCCUGACUUGUUCAGCAAUACUCUGCUGUACCGCCGCACCAACGUGAGGCAAAAACCAUACCAGCAACUGGAAUCUUUCUGCUUGCGUUCCAACCCAUCAGAGAAAAGAUCUUUUUCUCUCCCUCAGAAGGGUCUCCCUGUCAGUGUCACUGCCAAUAAAGCCACAUCUUCUACAGUCUUCCCCAUGGCCCAGCCCAUGGCAUCUUCACCCACUGAUCCAUACCUCUCACUGGCAGCAGCUGGGGAAAAUCCUUCAAGGAAGAGCCUGUCCUCUGCCAUCUCAGGGAAGAUUGCAUCUCCACUGUCCUCCUACAAGCCCAUGCUGAACAACAACUCCUUCAUGAGGCCAAAUAGCACUAAAGUGCCCUUAUCACAAGCCACAGAUGGCCUGAAGCCAGUAUCCUCACCCAAGAUCCAGCCUGUCUCAUGGCAUCAUUCAGGGGGUACCGGAGACUGUGUACCCCAACCUGGUGACCAUAAGGUGCCCCAAAGCAUUGCUACCGUCUUAGAUGAUGUCACUGCCCCUAUGGCCCCAUCUACCCCUAGCACCCUCAACAUAUCCACAGCCAGUGUUGCCUCUUCCCAGUGCAGUCAGAGUAACUUUAGGAGGGAGGCGCAUCCCUGUGGCCUGGAUGAAAACACGGAUUCCCAGAGUGCUACUAAAGAGGUACACUUCACUGAGGCUGUGAGGAAGCUGGCUGCAAAAGGCUUUGAGAAGAUGCCACGGCAAGGCUACCAGUUUGAACAGGCUUGUUUUGUGAACCCCAGCUUCCAGUGGGGUCUUCUCAACAGAAGCAGGCGGUGGAAACCUCUGAUGGGCCAGCGGUUUCCUCAGGAGGAUAUUGGAUUAGACAGUGGGAUCCUUCCUGGUGCUUCAGACACCUUGGGGUUGGACAGUACAGUCUUUUGUACCAAAAGGAUCAGCAUUCACCUCCUUGCCUCACAUGUUCACGGGCUUAACUCCAGUCCUACCUGUGGGUCUGUAGUUGACCCCCAAUUACUUGGAGAAGACAGAGCUCCUGUUCCCCCUUCUUCUUCCCUCCAGCCUCUUGGUGUAGCUGAAGUGGCCACUCGUCUUUCUUCUGUCCAUCUUGGCCAGCCUGAGAAGGAACCUGAGGAAGCCAAGGACCUGAACUCUUGUACUAAGGGUGAUUGUUCAGCUACUGACCUCAGGCCAAACCAGCUGGAGCCUGAAGAUUCAGAAGAUGAACUGGGAGAUGGUUUGGAAGACAGCUGCAGUCAUGAUGAGAAUGAAGAAGAGGAAGGAGACUCAGAGUGCUCUUCUUUGAGCGUUGUGUCCCCCAGCGAGUCGGUGGCAAUAAUAUCUCGGAACUGUGUGGAUUUGAUGUCCAAAUCCAUUUCAAAUCAUGAGAAAGUUGUGCGGCCAGCCCUCAUCUACAGUCUCUUCCCCAACGUAUCCCCUACCAUCUAUUUUGGGACUCGGGAUGAAAGAGUGGAGAAACUGCCUUGGGAACAGAGGAGGCUACUUCGGUGGAAGAUGAGUACAGUGACCCCCAACAUUGUCAAGCAGACCAUCGGACGGUCGCACUUCAAAAUCAGCAAGAGAAAUGAUGACUGGCUGGGCUGCUGGGGUCACCACAUGAAGUCUCCUGGUUUUCGAUCCAUUAGAGAGCAUCAGAAGCUAAACCACUUCCCAGGCUCCUUCCAGAUUGGGAGGAAGGACCGGCUGUGGCGGAACCUGUCUCGCAUGCAAAGCCGUUUUGGCAAGAAGGAGUUCAGUUUCUUUCCUCAGUCCUUUAUCUUGCCCCAGGAUUCCAAGCUCUUGCGCAAGGCCUGGGAGAGCAGCAGCCGCCAGAAGUGGAUUGUGAAGCCACCAGCAUCUGCUCGAGGCAUUGGCAUUCAGGUCAUUCACAAAUGGAGUCAGCUCCCCAAGCGCAGGCCCCUCCUGGUACAGAGGUAUCUACACAAGCCCUACCUCAUUAGUGGCAGCAAAUUUGAUCUUCGGAUCUAUGUUUACGUGACUUCUUAUGAUCCUCUACGGAUUUACCUCUUUUCGGAUGGACUCGUCCGCUUUGCCAGUUGCAAGUAUUCCCCUUCCAUGAAGAGUCUUAGCAACAAGUUCAUGCACCUGACCAACUACAGUGUCAAUAAAAAGAAUGCAGAGUACCAGGCCAAUGCUGAUGAGACCGCAUGCCAAGGCCACAAAUGGGCGUUGAAGGCUUUGUGGAACUAUCUGAGCCAGAAAGGAAUUAAUAGUGAUGCCAUCUGGGAGAAGAUAAAGGAUGUUGUUGUCAAAACCAUCAUCUCGUCAGAGCCUUAUGUGACCAACCUACUGAAGUUAUAUGUGCGCCGCCCCUAUAGCUGCCAUGAGCUCUUUGGUUUUGACAUCAUGCUGGAUGAAAACCUUAAACCCUGGGUCCUAGAAGUCAACAUUUCUCCAAGCCUCCAUUCCAAUUCUCCCCUGGACAUCAGCAUCAAAGGCCAAAUGAUCCGAGAUCUCCUGAACCUGGCAGGCUUUGUUCUGCCCAACAUGGAGGAUAUCCUCUCUAGUUCCAGCAGCCCCAGCAGCUCCAGCGGUUCCAGCACCAGUCUGCCAAGCUCUCCUAGAGAAAAAUGUCAAAUGACUCCAGAGCACUUCACUGCACAAAAGAUGAAGAAAGCCUAUUACCUGACCCAGAAAAUUCCUGACCAGGACUUCUAUUCGUCUGUGCUGGAUGUCUUGACACCAGAUGACGUUCGGGUUUUGGUGGAGAUGGAAGAUGAGUUUUCUCGUCGUGGUCAAUUUGAAAGAAUUUUUCCUUCCCGAAUCUCUUCUCGCUAUCUUCGUUUUUUCGAGCAGCCACGAUAUUUCAACAUUCUCACCACACAGUGGGAACAGAAGUACCAUGGAAACAAGCUCAAAGGAGUAGAUCUGCUUCGGAAUUGGUGCUACAAAGGCUUCCACACGGGGGUUGUCUCUGACUCCGCUCCACUGUGGUCUCUGCCAACAUCGCUCAUGAAUGCCUCAAAGGGUGAUGGGACACCAAAUGCUGUCAGCAGAUCGGAUCACAACAAGUCAAGAAAGAAAAGUUGCUCCGAGGGAAACUCCGAAGAUGGGCCCACAUCUAAGCCCAAGAAGAGUCAAGCUGGCCUGUCCCCCAUAUCCAGGAAGACUUUGUCCUCAAAGACCAGUGAGAACACCAGCAGACAGUCCAAGCGCUCUGCCCAGGGGUUGCCUGUCCUCAAGUACUCUGGGCAGGGCUCCAGACUUUCUGCUUCUUCUGCUUCCCAGUCAAUUGCUGACUCCCUCCUGACUGCUGUGAGCCCAUGACUGGUCCUACACGGGAGCACUCAGCUACCUCAAGGGAACCAGCCUGCUGACCAGCCUGAGCCUCUACUCCCGCCUCCACUUUGCCCCUCAUCAGAGUAUUUUUGAAGUGGUUCUAUUGUAGAUAUGGGCAUCUGGAAGGCUGGAGGGGUGGUGGUGAUGGGGAGAAGGUGAGGAAGGUUCACCCUCUGUCACCUUACUGCCUGGUUGGGCUGGCACCUCAUAUCUCAGUAGAGAAGCCAGUGACAGCCAAGCAGCCUUAUAAAGCAGGGUUUGGUUUCUACACUGAGAGCCAUGUGUGAUUUAUUUGAGGCCCUGGUACAGGGCUUGAGUUGUAGCUCAAGAGGAGAAAACAUGCUAAACACAGAAGUCUCUUGUUCUGUAACUGAGAGGAAUUCCUUGAAGGUCCUGAUUUCCUUCUGUCCCCUACUUACCUUUGUCUUGAAGAGACAGUUUUAGAAACCUUCAGACUUCUUCAGAUUAGCAAGAGAAACUACGAUAGGCUAUACCCAUUUCCUGGCCUCCUGGUCUUGGGGAGACCUCCAUACCAUAAUUUUAGUUGCUGCUAUGUAGAGGAAGGUGGAAUGAGCUGUGUUUUCCUCAAUGUGGGGAAAUCUUGUAGUCUCUUUUGCUUUGAGGGGUUUGGUGCCUUGGUAGGUAGAUUUCAGCACAGUUACUCUUAUAGGACAGGCUUCUCAUCUCUGACAGUUAAUACUCAGCUGCAUCUACCUCCCUCGUAGACUCAGUCCACACUGAGCAUUGAAUAAACACUGAGUGAAAUGUGCAUACAGAUCUCCAAGGACACUGGCCCCUGAAGCACUACUGUUCUCCUCAGUGUGGGGAAGUGGAGCUCAAGAAGGCCAAGAUGGGACAGUUUGGAAUGGAAGAGGUUUCGCUACCAUGGUCUUCCUUAGCCUAGCGUUCUGCAGCGCUCACCUCCAUGGGACCUAUAGUUGUGUCUACUGUUCCCAGCAGAGGGGCAUACAAAAAGCCAAUUGGCUCUGUAUCUAGAUUUGCUCUUUGUACACCAAGCUGGCUGUCUUUGCUGGCCUUGCCCUCAUGCUUCUGAGUUUUAGAAAGCGGAAGUCUUCUUUCCACAUGACUCCUGAAGUCCUUGGCCAGUUGGCAUGGAGCCCUGGAUAGUAUAAGAGAGACCUAACUGGGUUCAGGGCCACAGAGUAGGUGAACAAGGCAGUCAGUCCUAUGCUCUGUUGACAGUUGUGAAGAACUCCGGAUAGCAAAGUCCGAGCCAGUACUUCCUGCUCAAUAAUAAAGACUUCAAAGCCAGACCACAGUGGGAACCUAAGCCAUCCUAGAAAAUCUGUUCUGACAUGAGCAGUUAACACCCUCUCGUCCUGGUUACAGUAUUUCAGUGCACAUGUGUCAAAGAGGCCUCUUUUAGCUGAUUUAAUCCUUGAAAGUGACUCUUAAUUCCUUAGCCUGCCCUCCAAGAGUCUCCCAUCAUAGUCAGUUUCCAACUCUGCAGCUGCAGAGAAAGAAAGGCCAGCCUUGACCAGCACAGUAUAGCUGCCUGAAGUCCACCAGAGGGAGGAUAUGGGAACCCCUGACAAGACACAGCAGUAUACCGGCAGUUCUGAGAUGACACAGGCUUGCCUGGGACUUGUAAUCUUUGCCUCAAAAAUGCCAGAUUGUCUGGGAAUAUUGUUGUGCUCAGCUAAAUACACAGUAUUCAGUCUUUGUUACAUUUGAAGGCUGAUGGAUCUGUUUUGCUAGUGGGAGAAAAGGUAGGACUUGAAUAUCACAUUUUAUUCUCAAGAGAGUGAAAUCUUAAGUUAUUUCACAUGAAUGUUUUAGCAUUAGCUAGUCAACAAUAGAUAGCAUUCGGGUGAAUGAGGCUUUUUUUUUUUUUUUUUUUUUUUAAGUAAUAGCUUUUGAAAGUUUUAAAUUUGGAAGAGUAGUUGAAAACACAUUUAUCGGUGCAUCAGUUGUUUUCCCAAGUUGAUACGUUACCCAGCCUUUGGAGGAAGGGAAGAAAAGGCUCCUGAGACAAGGAAUGAGGUAGUCUUUUCCUUUAUAAUAGGAAUAUGAGACCUAAUCCUGCAGGGUUGUUUAGUAAGCUAAGCCAAAGUACUGGGGAUUGGAGUUUCCAAUUUGCUGGUUUAUCAUCCAAACAUUGUUCUGUGCAAGCAAUGUAAAAACCUCCCCUUGAAACUGGGUGUGGUAGCUCAUGCCCUUACUCCUGCCACUCUGGGAAGGCAGAGGUGGGCUGAUAAAACCGUCCCUUUAAAGAAGGAACAGCUACGGAGACCUCAGAAGUGGCCAGAACAGUGUCUAGGUACCUCACUGUCAACCUUCACCUAGAGCUUGCCGAAGCACAGUUUUCAUUAAUCCCUCAAAUUUCACUCCAGUGUGGUCUCUUGUCUGGCUUCAUUUUUACAGCAUCCUAGGACAUGUGUGAGUCAAUAAUUUGGUUGUCCCAAGAGCCUAGAUUGGCAAAGAAGAACAAGGGUGUCUAGGACAAAAACAGCACAGAUGACAGACUGUAAGGACUGCUAUGUGGACAUAGCAGGGGAUUGUGUCACUUGAGGCCCAUUUGAGGGCGGCAGCUCUUUUGCUGAAAGUGACAUCUCAUUACCGAAGCCAAAGAACAUUCUUGGUGGCUUCUGUGGGCCAGUGAUGGGGGCUAAUUCACACAGUGAUUUCGUCUCCUACUGAAUGUGUUAUCUGGGAUAAGAUGAGAUAGGCUGCUAGAGAGAUUCCCCUGUUGGCUUCUUGUUAGUGCCAAAGGACCCCACUGAUUGCUGCUCUAACAAAUGUCUAGUUUGCUUUGGGCGUGGAAACAAUGGUUUUGAGCAAGCUGCAUCUUGUCAUUGGGAAUUUUGAUCCAAGCCUCUCCAGCAGGGCUUAGCCUUGAACAUUCAUCUGUAGUUCCUGGGAACCAGUGUGUACUCAUUUGACUUCCCUCUAUUAGCUUCAGUUCAGUGGAAGCAGCAAGCAGACAUAGAAUUUCCUAUGUGAGUGAACGAUCAUAGCAGGAUCAGUAGCCAUGUGACAUUCUAAGACCUAUCUGUGCUUUAGUCAUCAAAAUGGACUGAGAUUUGGAAUACCAGGGAUUACCACAGAAGUCAACGUUAGAAAUGCAUCUCUCUAAGUUUCAGUUUAUUAGCCAGGGAUAUCAUGUCUUAGAUGUAGUUAUAGGGAUUAAAUUGUGUGUACAACAUCUUUAAAAGUGCCUCACAGUGCAGAUUUCAAAUAAAUUCUAAAAUAUCAAGUGAUUCCCCCAAACCAUUUCCUCAGAGUAUCGGGAGCAGCACCAGGGGUCGCAGUGCUCUUAGCGGUUCUGUGACGGAGCUGUGACAGCUCUGCAAAUGAGCGAAGGCCUGUGGUAGCUGUGUUAGAUAGGACCAGGCUUGUGCGAGCUCCUAAACUGUACAGCUAUUUACAUAAUGUUUACAUUGUGUGGGGUAUGGUAGUUUUUAAGUCCACAGGAAGAUGUGUGCAGGUUAAACUUCAGCAACUCCAUUUUACCUAAGGAAUUGAAAAAUCUGUGUGCUUUGGGAUUGAGAAGUCCUAGAACCAAUCCCCCACAGAGGCUGGAGAACUGUGCUAAGAUUGCUAGCUGUGGAAGAUCAGAGCUAGAGAUUUGAUCGAGAUAAUUAGCUUAAGAGUUUAGAACCUUGUCUGCUGCCAGAGAGGCACAAGUAAAACUUAACACUAAAAAGUAGAACAGCCCAUGUUGCCAGCGAUCAGUGAAAGAACAAACUAUUUAGUAGAUUCUGUCUAAACAUCAGAAAGGAAAAACCGAUGCUACAACUGGAGUGAGAGAAGCCAGAAGCAAGCGAAUAUGCAGGUUCCAGUUUAGAAGAGGAAACCUUCUCAUAGAAGGCAGGGACUCCUGGGGGAGUAGAGAUGGAGGGAUUGACUGUAAAGAGGCACAUGGGAAUAUUCUUUGUCUUAAUUGUGGCUGUGGUAACAACUGUAUAUAGUUGGCAGACCUCAAAAUUGUCCUGUUGAAAUGAGUAUUAUACAUAAAUUUUAUAAAUAAAGCUGAUUUUCUUUAAUUUUUUUUUAUUUUCAGUGCUGGCAUCUAACCCAGGGUCUCAAACAGUAUUAGACAAGUGUACUGCUGAGCCAUACUCCUGGCCCAAAUCACACACACACACACACACACACACACACACACACACACACAGCCAUUACUACUUUGUUGAUGUAGAAAUUAAAGCCAUGGUUACAAUGAAGUAAUGGAGUACAGUUAAGAUUGAAAGACAGCUGUGACCACUUGGAGUGGACAAAGCCAUUGCAGUUUGCACAUGUGACUUGUGUGAGCAUAAGACGUUGGUCACAAUUGAACCCUUGCAGUUAUUUGUAAAGAGCACAUCUACCCAAAACAUUGAGAGAAGCCAGGUAUAGGAGGACAUACUGUGUGGCUAACUGACAUCUGGACGGUUGCCAAGGAGGAACCUUGUGGGGUGAUAGCAACCCUAUACCUUGGCUGUUGGUUUUGGGGUUAACACAAGUAUUAAAACACUGAACUGUGCACAUGAGACCUGUGCAAUUGUAGGCCUCGUUUUAUAACUGAAGAAAAACUGAUGUGUUAAAUUAGCAUUUUAAGUACAUUUCAGUGGUAUUCAUUAAGUUUAUAUUCUACAACGUUCACUUCCCCUGGUUCUAGAGUAUUUUUCUAAACAUGAAAGCAAAGUACCCCCUAAGCGAAUGCUCCUCCUUCCCUCCCCUUUCCCUGCCCUUUGUAAUCACUGACCUUUCGGUUUCUGUAGGUUCACAGAUUCUGGAUGUUCUACACAAGUAGAAUUGUGAUCUUUUGCAUCUGGCUUAUCUGACUUAGCAUGACUCCAAUGUUGACUUUGUAAAACAAGUUGACACUUCAUUUUUGUUACCAGUACGUGUUAGUGGUAGGAAAUGAUUGGCUUUGCCAUGACAUUUUCAUCAUAUGUUUAUAUCUCCCAUGUCCCUUUCCUCUUCACUGACAGUCACUGUGUGGAUGUGUGUGCUCUUUGAAUAAAGGAUACACUAGUGUGAGAAGAGUGUGUGAAGGAAGGCAUUUUUAAAAAAAACAUUUAUUUUUAAUUUGUGUGGGCAGAUGUCCUCAGAAGCCAGAGAGGUCAGACCCCUUUGGAGCUAGAGUUACAGGCAGUCCUGAGUCAUGAUAGGGUGCUGGGAACCACGCUUGGCUUCCCUGCUACAGCUGGACAUGCUCUUAACCACUGAGCCUUAACACUUGGUUUGGUUUGGUUUCACAGCCCAGGCUGGCCUUGAGUGUACAGCGGUCCUCUUAACUUAGCCUUCUGAGUACUGGAAUUAACAGGUAUGUGCCAGCACACCAGCCUUGGUGUUUAUCUUUCUGAGCUUGCCUUAUUUUGCUUAACAUUACGGUCUCCUAUUCGAUCCAUUGUCCUGCAGAUGACACAGCUGCAUUCUUGUAGAUGAAUAAAUAUUAAUGUGUACGUGUGGUGUAUUAUCUGUCAGCUGAUGGACAGUAUCUGGCUGUGGUGCUUGUCUGUGCUGUGCGUCACAGAGAUGUAAGGGUCUCUGUGCUGUGUGUUCAGAGUCCUCCAGAUAUAUUCCAUUGGGCCAUUUGGUAGUUCUAGUUUUCACUUUCUGAGGAAACCCCAUACUUCGUUUCCACAGUGUUUGCACUAAUUACAUCCUACCAUCUGUGUGAAUGUUCUUUUCCCCAACAUUUUCAAUAGCAUUUGUUUUCUUACUAAUAGCCAGUCUGACUGGGAGAAAUGCAAUUUCAACAUAGUUUUGUGUUUCCCUGAUGGUUAAGGAUACUGGACAGUUUUUUAACUUCUAAUAUGUAAUUUUUAUUUUUACACAGUCAUAUCCAAACAGUUUACACUGAGAGUAAAAACUGCUCCAGAUAUCCAUGAUUGGCAUAUUGGGGGGGGUGUCCCACACUGAAAAUAUUUCCUUUUAGCAAUAAGGAAUUCCAAGGGUAUCCAUUACCAGUUGAAUAGCUUGCAGGGAAUUUGUGAUUUCUUCCAUAUUAUCAUGCCUCAAAACCCUCUGUGGCUUAAGUCAUGAAACUAUCCUGGUCUUUAUAGAUCCUUCUGGUAUAAAAGGAAAGCUUAUACAAGAAUUCUGCCUCUGCUUAUCAAAUAAUCCCUGUAGAGAAGAUAAAUAUGUAAAUACGAUCAGUGACUUUUGAUUUACUUUGUGCAUCAAAAGCACACUGCUCUGUCUUCCAACAGCACAGCUAAUAAACAGCACGUUCUUGUGAAAAUGCUGGUACGCUUCUCAGCAACUCAGUCAGCAGGCUGUCCUCGGUACGCCUGCAGCAGCUCCAGCAGUGUGUCCACACAGUGUUCAGCAUCGCGAAUGGCUGAGAUCAUACUUUGCCCCAUUCAGCAAUGCUUGGACAGCAUAUCCAACAACUUCCAUACAAGGAACACUACGAUUACAGCUUUGGAUUACAACAAAGAUCGCAGAGAGCGCUCCGCUUUCAGUCAUGUUCUCACAGCAAAGUGGAGAUAACUUGGUAACAACCUCCAGGUUCAUCGCACCCAGAGUGGCCGAUGAGUGUCUGUAUGUGAGCAGGUGAUGAAUGAAGUGCACGCUCAGUUCUUCUGUACAGCUUGUUUUCCUCCUCCACGUUCCUGCUGACACCUCAGAGGCUUCGUCAAAUAGCUUUAAUUUCUGUGCAAUCAUUUUUCUUCCUCAAAGCAUAGCCUCUCCAUAAUGCCUGGAUUCUAGUGAGCUGCUAGGAGAAAGUGGCGUACUGCCUUCUGUGUCAUGGAUGCAGCCCUAUCCUGCUGGUGCCAACAUGCUGAAACUUCACGUCCAGCCUUUAUGAUCGUACGAUACUGGACAGUUUUUAAGAUGUAUUUAUUGGCUAUCAAUAUUUUUAAUUAAGUAGUAAUGCAACUGUUUGUAAUUCUUUUUGGGAACAGUCUGUUCAGUCUAUUUGCCCAUUUAUUGAUUAGCUCAUUGGGGAUAUUGGUGUUUGAUUAAAAAGCAAACAUUUAGUUCUUUAUGUAUUUCAAACAUUAAUCUUAUCACAAGUAAAACUGGCAAAGACUUCAUGCUCCAUGUACUUUGAUGUUAGAAUUUUUUUUCUUAUUCUAAAAUAGUUUAUUUAAACAUACCAGGAAGUAUAAGGAAAAUAAAGUGUGUGAUUUAUCACCAUUA